AUGUUCUUUCUUUGUUGCAAAGUUCACUUGGGCAGGUAUUCCCUUCACUCUCUCUUCCCCUUUUCUCUUUUUGGUAUUCCUAUCACUCACUCUCUCUUCCCCUUUUCUCUCUUCGGUAUUCUCAUCACUCUCUCUUCCCCUUUGUCUCUCUUCGGUAUUCCCAACACUCUCUCUUCCCCUUUGUCUCUCUUCAGUAUUCCCGUCACUCUCUCUUCCCCAUUGUCUCUCUUCGGUAUUCCCGUCACUCUCUCUUCCCCCUUUUCUCUCUUCGGUAUUCCCGUCACUCUCUCUUCCCCAUUGUCUCUCUUCGGUAUUCCCGUCACUCUCUCUUGGUAUUCCCUCCUCUCUCUUCCCAUUGUCUCUUCGGUAUUCCCGUCACUCUCUCUUCCCCCAUUGUCUCUCUUGGUAUUCCGUCCUCUCUCUUCCCCAUUGUCUCUCUUCGGUAUUCCCGUCCUCUCUCUUCCCCAUUGUCUCUCUUGGUAUUCCGUCCUCUCUCUUCCCCCUUUUUCUCUCUUCCGGUAUUCCGUCCUCUCUCUUCCCCUUUUUUCUCUCUUCGGUAUUCCGUCCUCUCUCUUCCCCUUUUCUCUCUUGGUAUUCCGUCCUCUCUCUUCCCCCUUUUCUCUUGGUAUUCCCGUCCUCUCUCUUCCCCCUUUUCUCUUCGGUAUUCCGUCCUCUCUCUUCCCCUUUUCUCUCUUGGUAUUCCCGUCCUCUCUCUUCCCCUUUUCUCUCUUGGUAUUCCGUCCUCUCUCUUCCCCCCUUUUCUCUCUCUCUUCCCCGUUUUCUCUCUCGGUAUUUUCUCUCUUCUUCCCCUUUUCUCUCUUCCCCCCUUUUCUCUCUUCGGUAUUCCCAUCCUCUCUCUUCCCCAUUUUCUCUCUUCGGUAUUCCCGUCACUCUCUCUUCCCCCUUUUCUCUCUUCGGUAUUCCCGUCACUCUCUCUUCCCCCUUUUCUCUCUUCGGUAUUCCCGUCACUCUCUCUUCCCCCAUUUCUCUCUUCGGUAUUCCCAUCACUCUCUCUUCCCCCAUUUCUCUCUUCGGUAUUCCCAUCACUCUCUCUUCCCCCAUUUCUCUCUUCGGUAUUCCCAUCACUCUCUCUUCCCCCUUUUCUCUCUUCGGUAUUCCUAUCACUCUUUUACUCUCCUGUUUUUUUACUAUCUCUUUUCUUUGCAUUCAUAA